GAUAAAUAGCCAAACUGGGCGUCCACACCAACACACUGACAGACAGACUUUGAUGCAGAUACAGAGACAAAGGCAACAAGGACCCGCUGCUGGAUCUCACUGAAGUGAUCAACCAUGAGCAAAAUAGGGUUCCUGAUCAUUUUGUUAUCAGGACUGUACAGUCUCUCCUCAUGUCUCACUCAUCAGUAUCACUUUGUGGACAUGCAGAAGACCUGGACAGAUGCUCAGAGUUACUGCAGAGAGACCUACACUGACCUGGCCUCCGUAUCUGAUCAGGAUGACCAGGACAGUCUGAUCAGUUUGUUCAACUCCAAAGGCCUUAAUUCUGGUGAGGCCUGGAUAGGACUGAAGUAUGACAGCUGGAGGUGGUCUCUGGAAGACAAUGAUACAGAUGGGAUCAUUAAUGGUUGGCCUGGAGGGUAUCCCUGGUACCAGUAUGGAUACAGCAUCUACAGUAAUGGUCAGCAGGAAUGUGCAAUGAUCCUUACAUAUUUCUCGGACGGAUGGUUUGGAAGUUCUUGUGACUCAAACAAUUACUUUGUUUGCUAUGAUGGGAGACAAAAUGCCACUCAGACCUUUGUGGUGGUUAUACAAGCGAUGACAUGGUAUCAAGCUCAGAGAUACUGCAGAGGUCACUACACAGACCUGGCCAUUGUGAGGAACCAGACAGAGAACCAGGCCAUACAGAACCUAGCAAUGAGUGCAGGUCUCUAUUACUAUGUGUGGAUCGGUCUGUACAGAACUGGAACAUGGACAGACAGUGGAAACUCCAGUGUCUACACCAGUACCUACGUACCUCAAAAUGUUAAUGGCCUGAAUCAGACCUGUGUCACUGGUCAAACCACCGGCAGUUAUUACGUUUAUUACAAUUCCUACUAUCAGAACAAAAUGGAGAACUGCGGAAACACGUUCCCAUUUGUCUGCUACAGUGAUGUGUGUAGCUUCUCCCCAAAUAUCUCUCAUCAGUAUCACUUGGUGAACAUGCCAAUGACCUGGACUGAAGCUCAGAGUUACUGCAGACUGACCUACACUGACCUGGCUACUGUAUCUGACCCAGAGGAAUACAUAAGUCUGACCUGUCUGAUUAACUCUACACUUGGUUAUUCUGGAGAAGCCUGGAUUGGGCUGAAGGUCAACUGGAGGUGGUCUCUGGAAGAUACUGAGACAGAGGGGAUCUCAGAUGGGUGGUCAGGAGGAUACCCCUGGUCACAGACUGGAAACAUUUACAAUAAUAAGCAGAAAGUCUGUGUGGCGAUGAACCCAUAUAAUAGACAGUGGCAAGGAUACAUAUGUGACUCAUUCUACACCAUUUUUGUUUGCUAUGAUGGGAGUCAAAAUGCCCCCCAGACCUACGUGCUGGUUUUCCAGUGGUCAACAUGGUAUCAAGCUCAGAGUUACUGCAGAGAACACUACACAGACCUGGCCAUUGUGAGGAACCAAACAGAGUACCAGGCCAUUUUAGACGUAACUCAAAGUUUCUAUUACUACUCGGUUUGGAUCGGUCUGUACAGAAAUGAAACAUGGUCAGAUGGAGACACGUCCUCCAACUACUACAUCAAUGUUAAUGGAUUGAACCAGUCCUGUGUCACUGCUCAAUAUAAUCACACCUAUAAUGGGUUCAACACAGAGAACUGCAACAACACCUUGUCUUUUGUCUGCUAUGGUGCGAUGAAAAACAAAAGUCUGGCUGCCAAUGUGUCCUGCAAUGAGUCGAGCAUGACAGUGGUUAUGGAGAAGUCCUCCUUCGUGGGUCUCCAGGUGGACCACCUGCGUCUCAGCGACCCAUCCUGCAGCAUGAACUCCAACAGCACCCACAUCUUCAGGACCCUGGACCUCAACUCCUGUGGCACCCAGCUGGAGGAGGAAGGAGACAAUUUGAUCUUCAGAAACGUGAUCACAUCCUUUGAUGACUCCAGCAAUGUCAUCACCAGGGAACAACAGGUGGAGGCUGAGUUGUCCUGCGUCUUCCCCAAGAAGGGCACCGUCAGCCUGGAGUUCCUGGUCCACAAGAUCCCAUACAUUUUCAAUGAGAAGGGCUUUGGGAAGUUCACCUACCAGUUUGAGUUCUUCCACAGCAGUCUAUUCAACAGCAUGGUGGAUCCAGCUAGUUAUCCAGUGGAGUUGGAACUGAAGGAGAUGGUCUACAUGGAGAUCACAUCCACAACCUCCAUUCCAAACACUGAGAUGUUUGUGGAGUCUUGCCAGGCCACGCCCUCAGACAACCCUGAUGACCCCAUUCACUACAGCAUCAUCCAGAAUGGCUGCAAGAAGGAUGACACUGUUCAGAUCUACCCCAGUCCUCAGUAUCAGUUCCGUUUUGGAAUGGAAGCGUUCACAUUCAUUGGGUUGCAUGACCAGGUGUACAUCAGCUGUUCAGUGAUCCUGUGUGAGUCAGGGAACCCCAACACUCGGUGUGCUCAGGGCUGCAUCGACAGCGCCAGUCGCCAUCGAAGAGAGGCCAUCCUGCAGACCACCUCACACUACAUCUCCCAGGGUCCUUUGCGUGUGAGGAGGAAUGCUGACGGCCAAGGUUCUCAUGUCACUCUGAACCUGAACAUGGUGGUGUUCAUUGCUGGCUGUCUUCUAGUGUGUGGAGUGGUCAUCUACAGAUCCAGGAAGUCAAAGGUCAAAUACCAACUUGUCCCAACUGACCAAUAGGGCAUCGGCAUGGAGUCAGCGGGAGGAGACAGGGGGCAUGGAGUGGGGGAGCUUGCCAUAGUAACAGAUCUGAAAGCCUCAUCUUAACCAUUAGUGAUUGAAAAACAAAACUGACUUUAGAUUAGUUUCUACAGGCAACUUCAUCUUACUGGUGUCUCCUGUUUUACCAUUGGCCUUGAGUGCAUUACAUCUUAAACUGUUGCCUAACUGACAACUGUGAUUUCAUGAUAAACAGAAUUAGAUUUUUUAGGACACACUAGGAGGUGUUUUUUAAACAAUAUAUUUACUUAAACUUGAUCUGGGGUGAUAUGUAAACUAACUUUAUGUAAUUUCUGGUAAUAUUCAGUAAGUUGAGGAAAAUUAAGGAUGUUGGUUAUAUUGAUUUUAUGUUAAAUAGCUUUUACACUGUUUAGUAACUUGUGAUUUUGAUGUUGAUUCUUUUACUUUUGUAUUUCUUAAAUAGAAAACCAUGAAAAACACUUUAAAAUCUCAUAUAGAUUGUAUUUGUCAUACAUAUUUAACAAUCAUUUAAAAAACAUUCUAAGAUAAAACAUAAUGCAGUUUAUUUAGAGUACUACAAUUAAGCAAAAAUAUUAAUGAAAAUGUUUGUUUUCAGUCAUCAGUUGAGCUGUCAUGUUGGUGACUGGAUUUGGAAUGGGAAGAGGUGCCGAUAAAUUUUAAUAGAUACAUUCUACAACAACACAAUUUGAACAAGUGGUUUAGAGGGGAAACAGCCAGCACCUAGUUUGGAGAACAGGCUGAAAAAUUAAGCCCAGGGUGGAUGUGUCUGGCCCUAAAAAUGUGCAUGUCUGCAACUGAAUGGGGGUGUCUGCCUCUCAAUAAGUGUGGCUUCUUCAGAAUGGGCAUGUAAUUAUUAUGGGCAUGAAAAGUAAUAAAAGUAUGCAUUCCUCUG